GAGAGGAGACAUCAUAGAGGCGAGCAGACAGGGAAUGCGACUGCGCCCGUCAGCAGGCAGCAGACGGGUAGCUAAAACUGGAGGGGCGGUCGCAUGCUCCCCGGCGGCUCCUUAUUUACAGGUCACCAACUGCUCAACACCGGCAGUGACAGAUAAAGAUACAGGAUGCUACGAUCUUUGUAUGCCUAUAAAGGGACCCAUGCCCGUACCCUUGGAUUCCAAGUGGGUGAGAAGUUUCUUGAAAUUGGUCCUUCCAGAGAUCCAAACUGGAUACAUGUUAUUAGCGAGAGAGGUUCAGUAGGAUAUGUUCCCAAGAACUAUAUUACCGAUGAAGAGGUUCCUCCUAUUGAGAUGUUGGAGUUCAUUGAUGGAUGUAUUGAAGCCACACAUUUAAAUGCAAGUGAAUGUGGUGGGCAUUAUGCUAAAAGUGAACAUGAUGCUCUUCAUAAAUUAGUAGAAUUGCGUCAAGAAUGGUAUGCCAAAUGCACACCAUCAGUUCAUCCCAAUAAGCGACAUGCGCCACCUCCCCCACAAAUGUCUUUGUCUUCCACUCAGCGCACGACGUCUCAGUUAAGUGUAGACAGUCUUUCAAGUCAAACCAGUGUUGGCAGCCUUCCUUCUCCUAGUUUACCAGGGACGCCACGCAUACCCUCACUUUCAGCGAGUGUAUCUUCAGCUAGUCUCGGUCCUCCAGUCAAAGAUGAGCCACAAGCAGAGUGUGUUGCAGAAACCACGACCAGUUUCAUGAGUAGAGGGGAAUCUUUAGCUCAGGAUGAGAGCAGUGGCAGCAGUGAAGGCCAUGACACCAGCAUUGGCUAUGAAUCGGAGAUGCGAAGUGAUGUUGAUUCUGGAAUUCAAGCCAGCAUAAAAUUGCUACUGUCACAAGUACCUGAUGAUUACCUUCGAGCUUUGGUAGAGGAAGUGCGUAGCAGUACCAGCAUUAGCUAUAUGACCAGUCACCAGGUUGUAGAAGUUGUACUGAACUCACUUGGAACAGUUUUACCAGUUCUCCAUCCUCUUUGUUCCCACAUUUUAACAAAUAAAAGAGAUGUAAAGGAUGGAGUGGGUGAUAAGUGGCAACAAAGCUCAGAUGGCCGUCAUCUGGUGGACCUGCUGGAGAAGCUACGAGAGUGUAAAGAUGAUGAGCAGCAACGCUCAUGGGCAUUACAUGAAGAUGAACAUACUAUUUCCACUCAUCUCUCUGACCUUCUAGAGCUACUAAAUAAUGGGGAUUUAAUGGUGUGCCGCACUGUACUCUCCUUAGAUGACUUUCGUCCCCUUUUGACAUUAGUGCAAUAUUACCAAAUGGAGACACGUUGGCCACUACGGAAACUUCUGUUAAAGGUGUUUGGUGCUGUAUGCCAGAUGUCUGCUGCAAAUAUUUCUUAUCUCUCUGCUUCUGUAUUUCCAGUAGAACUUGCAAGAGAAAUGCUUGAUGGUACAUGCAGUGAGGAGGUGUUGCAGUAUACUGCUCUAGUGUUGGGGAUGGUGUUGUGUAUGGGCGACACAUUACCUUAUACACAUUACAGUGUAAUGAAUGAAACAUUUAUGGACAUGUUACUGGAUGGAAUAGAGAAGUACAAUGAAGAUCCUGACACAGAGCAGCUGGCUGAGCUCUACCUGACUUUAGUUUUAGCCUUUAACUUGCAAUAUUCCACCUUGCUACCCACUGCUCACCCAUGGACAAAAUCUACUGAUAAUCAUGUGAAUGAUAGUGAAGAUGCCAAAAUUACUGACAAAUGUAUUAUGAAUAAUAGUGAUGUAGAUAAGACAGAAAAUGGUAAUAUCACUGGAGUAGAUUUGGAAAAUGUGAUCAUCAAGCUCUUGUCACAAAGAGACAGUACAAAGUACUUUACAGAAAAAUUACUACUACUGUUUAACAGAGAAGAUGAUCCACUGGUUAUGUUUGAUCAUGAGCGACAGUCCCCAAACUCUGUGCUAAAGAUGAUGCGGGACAUGUACUCUACUCGAGCCACAGCAUCUAUAUUUUACACUAACGAUGAAAGGGUGGUGUGUGAUAUAAUUAUUCGGCAAUUGACAGAUCUUCCAGCAGAUGAUAAGCGGCGCAAUGAGUACCUGCGCAUUUUGGAGGGUGUAAUUUUGACAGGAGGAUGGACGGACCAUCAGCACCGUCGGGAAGAAGUUUACUCGUGCUGCUCCAACAUUCUUGCUGAAGAGGAGCCAGCUGCACUUGAAGAUCAGAAGAUAAUCAGAUGUCUCAUGGAAAGCUAUCAACAGUAUUUUGAUCGUUAGGUAGGCUUUUAUCUGUUAUUUAAAUACGGUAUCAAUAUAUUUAUGCUUUUGAUCACAUGUUAGAGACGAAUAAUGAAAAUGUAUAAUCAAUAUGCUACAUCAAUGAUGAAAUAAUAUAGCUAUUACAUUUUAUCAGAUAUAUCCGCUUCGCAUGUAAUCUGCCUCAGAGUCAUUAAUAGUAACCAGAUCAUUGACGUAUAGUAACCAAAUGUAAGUGCAUGGUGCUACUCAUAUGGUAGAUAAUGUUGUUCCAUCCAUGGCUGUGGUAAUUAAUAUUUAAUCGAAGUUACUAAACUGAAAUAGUUAAAAAUCAGGUGAGCUAAUUUUCUAGCUAACCAAAUGUAUCACUUAUCACAUCUAGAUCGAAAUAUAUUCCUAGAAAUGGACUUCUUACACUGAAGGAAACAAGAGUGGCAUUUUCUGGAAGGGUUCCCUCAGUAGCUUCCAAGCUAAGUGCUGAACCAGCAAUGCCCUUGCAUUAUGCACCAGGUAUCCGAGACUCACCCUUGCCUAUUGGGAGCCAAGACCAGAAUUUGGCUACUGUGAGGUGAGGGGGAACUUGGGAAUUGGAUAUAAAUCCAAAACAGAGAACAAAAUCUCAGAGAAAGCAUCAGCUCAAUAAAACAAGCAACUACUUGAAGAAAAGGUGCCCAGAGGGAAUGAAGCAUUCAAUAGUUGCUGCAUAGUAAACACCCAUAUUAUGAUAUGUCUGACCUUUUAUCAAGUAGCAACCCAGGUCACUCUUGGUGCCACCCAGCCUGCCCUCUCACUCACCUGACUGGUCACGACAUACAGACAUGGAAUCUGACACGAGUCAUCCUCUGCUUCUUGCUGAAGCUUAGUGGUGUUUUCUAUUCUUGGGAUGCUAGAUCUGCUGGUGCCCAUUGCUUUGUUAUUGUUUUCUUUCUAUUGUGGCCUACUUUGUGCCUCCCCAGAACAUGUGCACUGGCACCCCAGGAAGAAGACCAUCUUACCAAGCAUCUUGAAUUUUCUCAUUGUCAACCAGAAACAAGUACCAGAGUCCUGCCUCCUCACAGAGGUGGGAGAACGGUGUCAGACAUAACACAUAAUAGAAAACCUCACCAUAGGUUUAAAAAGAGUUGUAAUAACUCAAAACACUCAUGGAGAAAGGUUUAUUAUGAAUAAAUGCCAAAUAAACAAAAAACUUCCACCAAAUAGUAGCACUAGUUAACCAGGGCCUCUGUGACACUCGGCCCAUCACCGAUUCAUAACAUCUUUUUAUUCUCUUUCUCCUGGUGCCCUCUUUUUUGUUUCCCGAUUCAUUCUCUUUCACAUGAUGCCCUCUUUUUUUGUUUUUCUGGCUGGCGUCUCCAAGGGUCAUGUCUAAUUUUUUCUGAGUGAUUGAAUUUUCUGUUUUAUUUUGAUUUACUUAUGGGUUUCCUACUCUAUUACGCUCUUUGUGAGUGUAAUUUGCCUCUCAUGUUGCAUGUUCCAUGAUGUUUAGCCUGCUUUAGCUGUGGUUUCAGGGUUAUCUUCCCUGGCAUGCUGUUUAGUGAAGAUUGCCUCUAAACUGAAUUGUAUUCUCUGAUGCAGAUAAUUCUGCCCUAGGAUGGCUUCUUCUUGGGUCUUUGCAUGUCUCUGGUGAUGCCUUGGGAUUUGGUCACCUUGGGGCCCCUACUCAUUAGUGUGUGUUAGAGUGAAGGGCCCAGUGCUAAUAGCUGGAAGUGCUUAGUGAGUGACGUUGAGUCUCAUGCAUUUUUGUCGAUACGAUAUUUUAGCCUGUAACAUUUACCUGAGCACUUGCUUAUCCAUUCAGAGGAAAGACCAGGUGGAUUUCCAGUUCUGGGCUUUUGGGUUUUAUUUGGUCUACUGUGUUCAUGAGACAUUUUGUUUAUGUGUAGGCAUGUGACUGACUUUCAUGUAGCAGCAUGUUUUGUUUUGCCUAAUCUUUCAAUUUUGUUUUUCUUGGUUUUGGAUAGAUCUUUGAUUACCUAAAGUUUCUUAGCAUCAUAGAGAGUGCAUAUUUGUAUCCUGGCUCCCAGUAGGCCAGCGUGGGUCUCACAGGUUCGGUGCGAUUCUCAAAACUUGGUGUGCAAGCUUUUGGUAGCUACUGAGGGCCUACCAGAAAAGGGCAUUUCAUUACACUCAACACUGGAUUUUUGUGUAGUUGUGAGACUGCCCAUCCCAUAAAAGUAGAAAACAAGGUACAGUAAUGACAAUGAAUGUACAUUUCUGUAUAUGAAAAGAAAUUAUAGAAAAAUAAACCCAACCUGACCUGGAAUCUUAAGUUGAUUUGCACAUUGGAUCAUAUUAGUAACAUGACAAUAGUCUUGGUAAGUCUUCUAGCUGUCUCAAGAAAAGACAUAUAUGGGAUAAAAUUUGAUGAAAAUCUUUCUUGUUAUUAAAAGCAUAUACUGUACUGUAACAAUAAUUUGGACAAAACCUAUGGCAUGCUAUGCUAGUUUUAGUCAGAAGGCAGCAUAUACAGUAUUGCCGGUGAUUUUCUACUAUUGCUGCUUUAUUUGAAUGGUCUAUAUAAAUAGUUUAGCAGUUUUAUCAGGGUAAAAACUGCACUUGCAAAAUUCAUUUUUGCCAUAUUUGAAUUAGAGUUUAUUUAAUAGUAUGAAUAUGAAAAUGAUUGACAUCAUUAUUCCUUAUACUGUAGCUAGUAUUUCUUUUUUUAAAUACAGUACAGUACUGUAUAUAUUUAUUUUAUAGAUUUAAGAUUAUCAGUACAUACUGGUGAUAGAGUACAAGUUGUUUUCUAUGCAUUUUGUGUGUGUACAGAGUUAGCAGUGAGAAGGAUGGCAGGUGUUAGUAAUUCUCUGGGAAUAAAUAAGCAUUUGUCUUGAAUUCAAUGUUAUUAUUGGCACUCAGUGUUACAGGUAAAAAUGUCAUAGAUAAGCAAUAAUCUUUAAGCAGUAAAUGUAUUUAUAUCUAAUAUAAAUCCAUUCAGCACAUAAGAGAUAAGCUGUUACUCUAUUUUAUUAUGGAUGUUCCAAAUGAAACUUUUUAAGCAUUUAAAUAGCACUUAUAAUUUAUGAUAAAGUAUGGGGUUUAAAGUUCUUUUUAUAGAAUAAGUAUAGAUAUUUUGGUUUUAUAAUCAAGAAUAAGAUAUAUAAUCUUAAAUCUAUAUAUAU